UGUAAUUGCCUUAGUAUUGGGACGGCUAUGUGGGCUCAAGGCCGGAUAGGAGCGCAAUUGUUAAGCCGCUUCGUCGGGCUCCAGCGUCCCAUGGGACUCAUGUCCUGGGACGGGUCUCGUCGAGGUCGAGCUACGUUAAUCUCGGGUCAGAUGGUGGCUGAUCAGAUACUCCACGGCCUGAAAGACAAAAUUCAACGCCUUGAAACCAUCGGGAUCCAACCGUGUUUGGUGCCCGUAGUAGUGGGUCAAGAUCCGGUCAGUCAGAUCUAUUUGCGGAAAAAGUUGGAAGCGGCUCGGGCAAUCGGGCUCCGGAUGCGGAUUCAGCACGUGCCGGCCGAAGUGUCAUCGGCCGAACUCAUGGCUUUACUUGAUCAUUUGAACCGCGACGAACAUGUCCACGGCAUCAUCGUUCAAUUACCCUUACCCUCCGCGUUGAAUGCGAUCGACAUCGGCAACGCCAUUCAACCGGCCAAAGACGUGGACGGGUUUACCCAACAGAACUUGGGCGCUCUCGUCCAAUCCUCGGAGGUGGCUCGCCUGAGCAUUCUCAACCAUAUUCCGUGCACCGCCACCGCUGUCAAAAAGAUCCUAGAGAUCGGAUUAGCGGGUCACGAUUGGACAGGUCAACGCGCGGUGGUGAUCGGUCGCUCACUCAACGUGGGUUUACCCAUUGCGUUGGUGCUCGAGAGUGAUCGUCAAAACGGAGGCUUCGAUAUGACCACCACCAUUUGCCACCGAAACACCGUCGAUUUGGGCGCUUCCACGCGACAUGCCGAUGUACUCGUGACGGCCACCGGUGUGCCUAACCUAAUCCGGCCCGAAAUGGUCAAGCCCGGCGCGGUGGUGAUUGAUGUUGGAUUGAACCGGAUCAAACUAUCGGACCGCGUUAAGCUCGUUGGUGAUUGUCACCCGGGUGUCUGGGAUGUGGCCGGUUAUAUGACACCCGUGCCCGGGGGGGUGGGACCCUGCACUGUGGCUAGUCUAAUGUAUAACUCCGUGUUAGCCGCAAAUCGCACAGCCAUCAGGCUUUCGGUUUGAUUUGCACCCUUUAAUCCGCCAGUUCAUCCGUUUUAUCUUCGCAUACUGAACUCGAAUAAACACGCGUUCUCGCUCGCUCACUCCAAAUCAACUUGAAUACGCUUUAUUUUGCACCGCCUUACUUCA